CAUCCACACAAAUCAAGAUCAUCUCAAGACAUGUGCACUGAGUCGAGCCCCUGAACCAGAGUCAGACGCUGUUAUUGGAGCAGGAAGCACACGGAGCACAUGCUCUCUCGCUCACACGGAUACAGGACCGUCACCUGUCUUCUCCUCACUGCUCCGCAUCUGUGCUGGAUUAUCAUCACCAUCACACUCAUCCAUCAGGGACUCAUCUAGCACUCCGCUCCGGACUCCAGACUGCAGCUUCAUGGGAAAAACACUGGAGCAGCACCAGAUGUUCCCGCACUACACCUGCUACUAUCCGUCCUACGCUCACAGCAAGCCAUAUGCCCCGCCCCCUCAGCUGAUGGCCCCGCCCAGUCCAGGAAACGGCAGCUGUAGUCAGAGUGCAUUGGUGCAGCUCAGUAAAACUAACCUGUACAUACGAGGACUUCCACCUGGAACCACAGACCAGGACCUCAUCAAACUCUGCCAACCAUAUGGGAAAAUUGUGUCUACUAAGGCCAUCCUGGACAAGAACACAAACCAGUGCAAAGGUUAUGGUUUCGUGGACUUUGACUGUCAGGCAGCAGCACUGAAGGCUGUUUCGUCUCUGAAGGCCACCGGUGUGCAGGCGCAGAUGGCAAAGUCGUGUGUGUGUGUGUUGUUCUUCAGGAUGGAGUCCACAGAGAAAUGUGAAGUUGUUAUACAACAUUUCAAUGGAAAAUAUCUCAAGACUCCAGCAGGAAUCCCAGGUCCGUCUGAACCGCUGCUGUGCAAGUUUGCUGACGGCGGUCAAAAGAAGAGACAAACUCAGAGUAAAUAUCUACAGAACAGCCGAGCAUGGAGGGAAGGAGAGAUGGGAAUGACACUCACAUACGACCCUGCCAUCAUGCAGAACGGGUUCUACUCUUCUCCGUACAGCAUCACUGCUAACCGGAUGAUUGCGCAGGCGUCCAUCACUCCGUUCAUCACCGCUUCACCCAUCUCUGCAUAUCAGGUUCAGAGCUCAGCAUGGAUGCCGCCGCAGCAGUUUUUGAUGCAGCCGACAGGAGCGGUCAUCAGUCCAGCUCUAGAUCACAGUGCUGCAUCGGUGCCUCCAGCGGCCAUAAUGACUCCACUAACACAACAGAUGAGUCAGCUGACACUGGGAUCUUCUGCUAAUUAUAUAACGGCUCCGGCUCCUGUGGCCCCUAUGCAAGGAACAUUCAUCCAUCAGUUAACGCCGGGCCCUCCGUCAGCACUUCCUGUAGAGACGGUGGCUCCCUCUUCACAGGACGUCCAUUUAACACAGCAACAGAUCGCCAUGGAAACCAGUGACUAUAUUCAACCCUGCUCCUACCAGUCCAAAUAGCAUCCUGAAGAGGUGAAUGUACGUCAGCGUUGUCUUCUGAUGGAGAUCAGACGCUCUGCACUGAAAAUACAGACACAUGAUGAACAUCCAGGUGACCUCAGCACCAAAAACACUGACUUAUUUCC